AUGCUGUGGGUGUGUUUUGCAAGAGCUCUUGCUGCCUUCAGUGACUGCAGUGACAAUAUACUUACAUUGUUCAGUCUCUCAUUUCCCUUCCUUUUAGAAUAUGCAGCAAUAAACUCCAUGCUGGACCAGAUCAACUCCUGUUUGGAUCACUUGGAGGAGAAGAAUGACUAUCUACAUGCCUGCUUGAAAGAACUGCUGGAGUCCAACCGCCAGACCCGCCUGGAGUUCCAGCAGCAGAGCGAGCAGCAGAAUAUGGAAGCUGAAGUGCAGGGAUCACAGCCUCCUGUCUAG